UAAUCGUCUUGGGUUGCUUCAGAGAGCUGAGGCAGCCAAACCGGGCGAGGAUGGCACUGCGGAGCGCCUCAGCCUCUGCCAGGAUAGCUGCCUCAGCCCAGCGUGCUGGUGCAGUUCUCGCAGGCGCAGCAGGGUGCCUCAGCCUGCUCCAGUGGAUGUGGCGUGCGGAUGGCUCCGGCUCCGCGCUGCACUGAACAUGGAUGAUUUAGCUCUCCUCGACCUGCUGGAGUGCCCUGUGUGCUUUGAGAAGCUCGACGCCACGGCCAAGGUGCUCCCCUGCCAGCACACAUUCUGCAAACCCUGUCUGCAAAGGAUCCUGAAAUCCCAGAAGGAGCUCAGGUGCCCCGAGUGCAGGACCCUGGUGCUCUGCAGCAUCGAGCAGCUGCCCUCCAACCUGCUCCUGAUUCGCCUCCUGGAUGGCGUCAGGUGUGGACAGAAUGUGGCCAGGUUUGGCUCCAUCCAGAGGACCGGGCUCCUGUCAUCGCCUGCCUCCAUCAGGAGAGUCCCCAGGGGGCUACAACUCCAUCAGCACCGGCUGGCGACCAAUCCCAGGCUCCACAUGGAAGGGGUCCCGCGAGCCAAGGCGCUGUACACGUACCGAGGGCACAACCCUGGAGAGCUGCGGUUCAACAAGGGGGACAUCAUCGUGUUGCUCCGGCAGCUGGACGAGAACUGGUACCUGGGGGAGGUGAACGGCGUCAGCGGCGUGUUCCCGGCCAGCUCCGUGCAGGUGAUCAAGCACCUGCCCCUGCCCGUGCCCCUCAGCAGGGCGCUCGGCAGCUUCGACACCAGGGGCAGGGACAGGACCGAGAACAAGGAGAGCCUGACCCUGCACAAGCCAACCACCACUGCAAGGCAGCUCCUGCAAACCAGCAAAAGCCACUGGUCCCCCCAGUUUAAGUGCACGUCCCUGCGAACGGCGUCUCCCAAAACCAAGGGCGCGGAUUCUCCAGCGUUCCCCAAGGUGCCCGACUCCCGGCGGAAGAGCCUGCGGCAGUUCUCCAUCACCACGGCCCUCAACACCCUCAACCGCAUGGUCCACUCGCCUGAGCGGCAGGCGCUGGAGAUCAGCUCCCCCGUGCUCAUCAGCUCCAGCAACCCCACCGUGGCCACCCAGAGCAGCGAGAAAGCGGAGCUUCCCUACAGCACCCCCAUCCAGGUCAGUGCAUCCUACUACCCUGCGCCAGGAUCGCUGGGGCACUCAGCGGCCAUCGUCACUCUUCCCCACCUGCAGCACCACAUAUCAGCUUACAUGUGCGUGGCUCUCCAUUCCUAUGAGGCUCAUGGGCCGGACGAGCUGGAGCUGCAGAAGGGAGAAGGGGUCCGUGUCUUCGGGAAGGACCAUGAUGGAUGGCUGCGGGGCAUGUCCCUGGUCACCGGGAGAGCGGGCGUCUUCCCCAGCAACUACGUCGCUCCCCUCUUCAGGAAGCCGAACCUCUCCGACUCGAAGAUGCCUUCGCUCUACGCCACCUGGACGCUGUCGACCUCCUCGCUGUCCUCGCAGGGCAGCGGCCCCGAGCACGGCCCCCGCCAGAGCCGGCCGCUGAAGCCGGCGCUGCUGCCCCUGCCCGUGCCCGUGCCCUCGCCCGGGCGGAGCGCGGCGGCCCCGGGACCGGCACCGCUGCGGCGCGGCCGCGGCAGCGCCAGGAAGAACGGAUCCCUGCAGAGGCCAGGGCAGGCGGGGACCCCCGUCCACGUUGCCGGCUCCCUCCGGCGUCCUCUCACCACGGUGCUGCGGCCUCAGCAGAUUCAGCUCUAUCCGCACCUCAGCCCCUCGCCGCACAGCAUCCCCUCCGAGGCAGGAGCGAGGACAAACUUCUCCCACGACGUGUCCCCGGUGCUCGUGGUCAGAGGAGGGGAGAGCAGAACCCCCUCCGUGUGCAGCUCCCUGGUCCUGGAUGCCAAAGAUCCCCCGGCAAAGAGCGAGGCAGCCCCAAAGCCGCCCGCUUCGGCCCCACCGUCCAUCCUGGUGAAGCCUGAAUCCUCCCGCAACAGCGCUGAGAAGCAAGUGAAGACGGUGAGGUUUCAGAACCACAGCCCGCCGCCGCCCAAGCGGCACAGCCUGCAGCCGUCCCCGAGCCUGCCCCGCGCCAGGACGGAGCCGCUGCCCGAGCCCGUGGUGCUGGAGGCCGGGCUGGCGGGCCCCGAGCUGGCCGUGCUCUACUCGCCCAGGCCCAGCGCCAGCCCCCUGCCGCAGCGCCGGGCGCUGCACCCCAAGGCGCUGUCGCUGGACCUCUCGGGGCAGCUCACGUUCCCCAUCCGGAAGAGCUACAGCGUGUCCACCAACUGAGGGCGACCCCGCUCGGCCUCCCUCGCACGCCUGCGCCCGUCCCCGCGCUGCGAGGGGCGAGCAGCCCGGACCCGCAGCAUCCUGCUGCCGCCGCAGGUAUCCCCAGCGUCUCCCACCACCAGCACCCUCAGCACCCACCGCUCUGGGGCUGCAGAGAACUGGGGUUGCUCGCGAGGGAGCGGGACGGGACAGGACAACGUC